CGCACACUCCGACAAGGUGUUUCGCACUCUACCAAUCAAAGCUCCGAGCGGACGUUCGAAUUUUAAACGGGAAACUUUUACUUUCGCGCGUAAUCGAAACUGUGUUCGAAUAAAAUGAUGUGAGUGUUGUGGAUUAUGAAAAAGUGAUUUAUUAGUUUUUUUUUUAAUCGAAAGGAGACAAUUGCAAAAUGUUUCUGAGUGUGUUAUGCCUUGUUAUUUGGAGCGCCCUUACGCCGGCUCUGGCCCAAGGCGAACGUCAUUGCGGGCAUCCGGCCGUCCCUCCGAACGCACGAGUCACCCUGACCAGCACAGACAUCGUUCCGGGAACCAUUGCCACGUAUGAGUGCGAUGACGGAUACGAACUCUUCGGACCUCACCAGCGAGAAUGCACCUUGAGGGGCGACUGGACUGCGGAAGUCCCUUUUUGUGGGACAAACGUAGCGUUUCGCAAGCCGGCCAAUCAGUCAUCGACAGUCAGGGGUGGUAGCGCUGGCAACGGUAACGAUGGCGAGAAGACGACUGAACACGACGGAAAGCGGUGCACAGAGACCCAGAGGGAAGCAUCCCCGUGGUGGCAGGUCGACCUGCUACGACACUAUGCCGUGAAGGUCAUCAGGGUGACAACAAGAGGCUGCUGUGGACACCAGCCGCUUCAGGACCUGGAAAUCAGAGUCGGUAACAGCAGCACUGACCCUCAGAGGAACCCGCUCUGUGCCUGGUUUCCCAGCACUAUUGACGAAGGUGUGACGAAAACGUUCACGUGUGCCAGGCAACGCACCCUGAUUGGUCAACACGUGUUCCUGCAGCUGGUGGGGGUAGAGGGGUCCCUCUCCCUCUGUGAGGUUGAGGUCUUCACUACUGAAGAGUUUUCCAACGACCGCUGCGCUCCGAAGAGUGCGCCAGCAGACAUCGAGCUGGCGGCGUUCUCAAGAAACUGUUACGAGUUCAACGUAAAGCGAGGGGGCUCCUUCGACGACGCCAGAAAGCAGUGUCAGGCUCACGGCGGGGACCUCAUACAUGGCUUCCAGGGUGCCACAUCCAGCUUUCUGAUUCAAGAAUUGGAGCGACGCAAGUCCCAGCUUAAAACUCAGAUGGUAUGGAUCGGCGCCCAGAAAGAACCUGGGAUCACCUCCAGGACCUGGAAAUGGGUAGAUGGCGAGGUGGUGUCGCGGCCGACCUGGGGCAAGGACCAGCCGAACAAUUACAACGGGGAACAGAACUGUGUGGUCCUGGACGGAGGUCGCUCCUGGCUGUGGAACGACGUGGGCUGCAACCUGGACUACCUCCACUGGAUCUGCCAGUACCUGCCGCCAUCUUGCGGCAGUCCAGACAAGCUGCUCAACACGACCAUCAUUGGAGACAGCUACCAGGUGGGAGCCAGCAUCGCCUACGGGUGUCCUGAAGGCCACAUGUUGAUGGGGGACAAGACCAGGGAAUGCAAUAAGGACGGGUUCUGGUCCGGAUCUGCGCCUAGCUGCAAAUAUGUGAACUGCGGCGGCUUAACGCCGAUCCAAGAUGGAGACGUGGCGCUGGUGGACGAUCGCACGACUCACGGGGCGAAGGCGCUAUACUCCUGUCGGGAGAACUACACCCUCGUUGGGGACGCCCAGAGGGAGUGCGGCGACGAGGCCGUGUGGACCGGAGAGCCCCCGAAGUGCCUCUUCGACUGGUGCCCUGAGCCCCCUCCAGUCGCCGGGGCCACAGUCUCAGUCAGUGGCCACAAAGCCGGUUCCCUCGCAACCUACUCCUGCAAAAAUGGGUUCAUCCUUUUUGGCCCUCCUAGCGUGACGUGCAACCUCGGCGGCGUGUGGACCGGGGUCCCCCCGUCGUGCAAGUACGUGGACUGCGGAACCCCCGCGCAGGUCCACAAGGGCUCCUUCCGCCUGCUCAAUGGGACCACAACGUACGGGUCCGUGGCCCAAUUCUCCUGCGAGCAAGAUUACUGGUUAGCCGGCGCUGAGAUGCUCACGUGCAACAAAGAUGGAAAGUGGUCCCAUGAUAUACCGUCCUGUGAAUUGAUAACCUGUGCGGACCCGGAGGUGCCGGCGGGAGGGUACAUGGAAGCGUACGACUACAACGUGCACUCCACCAUCGACUUCCACUGCGAGAAGGGCCACAAGCUGGUGGGAGAACCGAGCCUCGUGUGCCAACCUGACGGCGAGUGGUCCGGGGAGUCGCCCAAAUGCGAAUAUGUGGACUGCGGCAAACUGCCUCCCCUGCCGUACGGAUCAGCUGAGCUGCUCAACGGAAGCACCCAUCUGGGCAGUGUGAUCCAGUACUCCUGCACCACCAACUACCGGCUGACAGGCCCCGUGAGACGGGUCUGCACUGAAGACCAUCAGUGGAGCGACAACUCGCCCCGUUGCGAAGAAAUCCGUUGCCCGGAGCCUGUGGUGGCUGAAAACAGCAUAGUAUCCGUGACUGGUAACGAUAGGAUGCACGGACGUACACUCAUCCGCACAAGUGUCAACGUGAACAGUGGGAACACGUACAGAAUCGGUGCGCUAGUAAAGUACCGGUGUGAGCGAGGGUACAAGGUGGUCGGAGAGAGUUUGUCCACUUGCGAAGACAACGGACAGUGGAGCGGGGUGACACCCAAAUGCCAGUACGUGGACUGCGGAAACCCUGGCAGGUUGGACAACGGGAAGGUGACGCUGGCGACCAACGCGACCUACUACGGAGCAGCAGCGUUGUACGAGUGUGACGAGCACUGGCAGCUGGACGGCGUCUCCAGGAGGCUCUGCCAGGACAACGGCACCUGGAGCUCCGAGCCUCCAGCUUGCAAAGAGAUCACAUGCCCGGACCCGUCGAGUCAGAUGAAGACAAGUACAGGGUUGGUGGUUGUAACGAGCACGCUGAGCAUCGGCGGGGAGGCCCACUACCGCUGUGAGAGGGGGUACAGCCUAAAGGGCAACCAGUCUAGAACUUGUCUCCCAAGAGGACAGUGGAGUGGCUCACCACCAGUUUGCUUCCCUAUCGACUGCAAGUCACCGGGCACGAUUGAGAAUGGGCGGAUUAUAAUCUCAAACGGAACGACGCUCUUCGGGAGUUCGAUCGAGUACCACUGCCUACCACAGUUCCAGAGGGUGGGGCCGUUCUUGCGGAAGUGCCUGGACGAUGGCAAGUGGUCUGGAGAGGACCCGAGCUGUGAGCUGGCCAGCAAUGAGGCGGCAGAGAGCGGCACGCUGCCACUCAGUGUCGGUGUAGGCUGUGGUGUCGUGCUCUUCCUCCUCAUGCUGCUAGGAGUCAUCUAUUUAAGGCUCCGCAAAGCGACGCCCGUGAAGAACACAGAAAACAUCGAGGGCGCCGAGCGCAAGGAAGACCAGAACGCCGCCGUGAUGAGCUACGCCACACUGCACGACACAAAUGGUCGUCACAUUUACGACCACGUCACGGACAACGUGUACGACUCGCCAUACAGUGAGCACAUCGCCGAUAACGCCGCCUACGGACGUAGGAGCGACACGGACUCAGCCUAUGAACCCGAGCCAACGGGGCCUAACGCAGUCGUCACCAUCAACGGAGUCGCUGUCCGUUGAUCGAGCCGUAAAAGGUUAUGCUGGGAACCAAACUUAGAGCGGGAAGAUUUUGAACGGAUAAAAAAUGCGUAGACAAA